AUGUCUGGAAGACUACAAGAUAAAGUCGCCAUUGUCACUGGUGGAGGUGGAGGGUUUGGAAAGGGCAUAGCUGAGAAGUUCCUCGCAGAGGGUGCAAAGGUUAUCAUCGCGGACUUUGUUGAAGAUGUUGGAAAAGCAACCGCGGCGGAGCUGAAGUGCGAGUUUCACCGAACAGAUGUCUCCAAGAAAGAGGACUGGGAGUCUCUAAAGAAGUUUGUCGAUGAGAAGUACGGCAAGCUCGACUGUGUGAUCAAUAACGCAGGAACGACCUACCGUAAUAAGCCAACGAGUGAAGUCACGGAGGAAGACUACGACAAGUGUUUCGCCGUGAAUGUCAAGGCCAUCUACUUCAGCACCAGCGUACUAGUUCCAUACAUGCAGGAGAAGAAGAACGGCGGCUCAUUUGUAACGAUUGCUUCAACUGCUGGUAUCAGACCUCGCCCUGGACUCGUCUGGUACAAUGCAAGUAAAGCUGCAGUGAUCAAUGCGUCGAAAUCCCUGGCAGUAGAGUACGCCAAAGACAACAUUCGAUUCAACACGGCCUGCCCUGUUGUUGGCUUAGGCACCGGUCUCACAGACUUCUUCCUGGGGAAGCCUGAGAACGAGGCGGUCUUYAUGGCAUCCAUCCCCCUAGGUCGCGGAUCCACCCCAAGAGACGUUGCAAAUACUUGUGCGUUCUUGUGUAGCGAUGAGGCGGACUUCCUGACUGGAAUUGAUAUUCCUGUGGAUGGUGGAAGGUGUGUCUAA